AUGGGCAGGACACCGCGCAAUCGCAACUCCCACGCCUCGAAGAAAGAACGCAAGCGGAACCGCGAGGCGUUACUGCCGACUGGAACCAGUCAACAAGACUCUGAGAGUCAAGAGCAGGCGCACGAGCAGCAUAUGCCGAUCGAUGUUGUGCAGCAGCUCAGGACUGUCAUCGACCAGGGAAACAACGAGGCGCAGCCCGUUGGCAUGAGCAAGUCCCAGAACAGCCUCUCGCCGAGCGACAUCAACUCCGACGCGAUUCGAGAUCUACACUUGGUAGUGCACGGCUUCCCGCUGCCUACCAGCGUCAGUGAAGAGCACAAGAAGCAAAUCCAUGAGGCGCGUAAGAAAGCAGGCGUCGCUCUGACAGGACGUCUAAAUCGUCGUGGCAGAUCCGCUGAAGAGCUGGCGGUGAGGAACAGGCGAACGCGCAUCAAGCUACGAAAAGCAGCGACUAAGGCCAGGUGGGAGGAAGAAGAGGCUCUGCGGGCUCAGUACACGGAGGAACCCAUGGAACGCCGAGCUCGACUAUGCCCUCGACAAGAUCAUCCACGAGAUAACUUCGCCUGCGACCCUGGCCUCCCGCUCUUCCACGUUCUCAAUUCGAACGGGACAGAUUACAACAUCGAGGAUCACGACCGAGCCUCUUUCAACCAAAUGACUACUGUCACCAAGCCGAUCAUCACAACAGCAGUUCGCGGCACCGCGGGUAGAGAAUGGCUGACCUCGGUAGCACAAAGCCCUCGCCUCCUGGACUUUGUUGUCGCCAAUUCCCCUCACAUGCAGUCUGUGCUACUUCUGGCUAUUGCUCAGGCCGAGAGCGAUCUCGAGCUUCACUCGCAGCCAGCACACGCAUUUGCGACCGCAGCUGAGCUGCUGGACGAAGAUGUGCACCCGGCAUGGCUCCAGGAGCCGAGUGAGACGGAGAUGGCCGAACGCGAUGUGCAAGAAGGUACCAGACUCGUGUUCCUCAACGAUCUGAAGAUGCUCUACCUCAAAGUCACGGGCUUCAAACCUCGGGAGGAUGCUCUUCAGCCGUACCGUAAGGUGACCGCAAUCAACAAGGAAGUGCUGCAGAAGUGGCACGACACAGUCGUCGCUCAUGCACUUGCACGUGCAGCCGAACCCAAAGUCGACGAACUUCCGCCACCACCUCCUAAGAUCGAUAUCCCAUACCUCCCAAUCUCCAGCUUCUUCGUCAACUUAUCUCAAGACGCCUGCCCUUUCGAUCAGCUCAGUCAGCAAGAUCAGAGUAUCGUCACCAGGCUCAAAGAAGGCAGGGGUAGAAGAAGCCUCAUUGGCUGUGUGGCGAGUGCUGCGUACAUGGCUGAGACGAAUACUUUCGGUAAGGCAAUGGCUUUGGCUGUCAUGGCCGAUGUGAAGGAGAUCUACAAGUUCUGUGCUGGGCGCGAGGUGACGGAAGAGGACUUGAAAGUUCAGGAGAUUUGA